GCUAUGCGUGCAUGGAUUUUAAAUGCAACUUACGGAAUUCCUCAUGAGACUACCAGGUAGAUACGACCUUUCGUAACUCGACUAGAUGGUGGCGACAUAGCCAUUGAUUGCCAUGGCUUCUGGAGUACAAUCGAUACGAUUGUGCAUUCAAGCUUUUCGACACUCCCCAGCUCCUCGAAAGGCUGGCGCACGAGUAUACGUCUCAAGACGACUAUUCUCCUCAACACCUAUGCGAUGGCGUGCCGCGGCUAAGAAAGAUGACACAGCUAACCGGGAAAUGGAUAAAGAAGAAGAUGGCGACGAAGAUGACGACGACGUGGAUCCAAUUGAACUAGAAAGGUCCUUUCGCGCUGCAUUACGAAAUCCGGGUACCGACGUAGAAGCCUUAACUCGGUUGCAGGAACAGACUAUAGGAGCUGCUGCUCCUAUCAUCUCGACCGCCACGAGAAACCCUGUUCGGAAUUUGUCGAAGACUUUUUGGCAUACCGAGGAGGAUGAUCCAGACUUGAUCACGGACGAACGUAAUGAAGAUACCUUCGACGAGGAUGAUAUUAUGGGCCUGGCACACGGCAAGUUGGAGGAGUUCCGCGAAUAUAGGGAAUAUGCCCGCAUUGCUGCUUGGGAGAUGCCCCUUCUAUCCAAGCUGGCUAGGCCUUUCGAACCACCCACGACCGAAGAACCCUUACGAUUCCGAUAUACGAGUUACAUGGGGGAAUUUCAUCCGGCAGAGAGUAAAGUGGUUGUCGAGUUCUCGCCGAGGGACCUGCCACUUAAUGACGCACAGCAAUUGAAGAUAAAAAAGUUGUUGGGUCCUCGCUACAAUCCGGAGACGGAUGUCGCCAAGAUAAGCUGCGAGCAGUUCGAGCAUCAGGCACAGAAUAAGCGAUACCUUGGUGACUUGGUUGAAAAAUUGAUAGCACGUGCAAAGGACUCCUCCGACAUGUUCGAGGACAUUCCGCUGGAUACGAGACAUCACACGUGCAAAACCAAGCCCAAAUUUCCGAGGGAGUGGAGGAUGAGCGAGGAUCGACGAAAGUUCCUCGAAGAUACCCGACAGCAGUCACUAUUACUUGAUCAAACGAAGGAAGAGGCUGGUUCGUUGAUCAAUGGCAAAGAUAGGAUUGAACAAUUCUUCAUCGAGCAACCUACCAUGGUCACUGCUCGUAAUUUUAUGAAGGAAGGGUUAAGUAGACCCUUACUAAGGAAUAGACAACCACAAGCAACCGGACGAAUCUGAUAUGUAUAUUACCCUAAAAAAACAGAAGACAAUGCCAAAGGGUUUGUUGUAUGAAUAUGAAGAUUCAGUCACAAUCGAAUUCACCAGUAUUUGGAGAGACCCUGCUUGUUGAGAUGGAGAGUAUGGCGCUCCAAUGCCUCAUCGCCUUUGUAAGUACGAAGCUGGAGCUCAGGCCAUAUUGCUGUUAUAAAAAUACACUAUUUCGUCAUGAUGUAUAGAAAUUGGUAUUCAGAAUUGGUGUUCGUUAACUCUAGCUUAACUUUAUGAGAGUUGUGUUGUUCACGAUUAUGGUCUAAUUUCUAGGCUAGCCUUGAGUUAAAUCCGUCAAGGACAACAACGACCUUCAUGAAAGCGACGAUGGUGAGUCGGGCCUGUUUCCUUAUUUUAAGUGUGAGAUGUUGACCUGUCGAGAAAACGCUGUACCUACCUACUUGGAUUUCAUGGAUUCACCUUGGAUGUAACUAUAAGUAACCAGUUGGUCCUAACUGUCCGCUGUAGUCCUAGAGGAGGGCCGCUACGUGGGCUCCCAAAAGACUGGAGUUUAUACUGCCAUAUGAUAGGUCCUCAUCCUAUUAGCCUUCGAGUCUACUUAAGUUCUCGACUGUCAUGGUGGGCUACGGAGUUCACCACAAAUAGGCACUAGGCCAGAGCUUGGCCUGCCUAGUAGUCAUACGUCCUCCAUUUAACGUGAUUCUCCGGUUAUGAUUGCGAUUAUUCGGUAGCCUACCU